AUGGGUUCAAUGGAAUGGAAUAUCAUCUGGAGUCUUUGCUUUGGCUUAUUGGCAGCUGCAGUUAUUUCUGGGAACAUAGUAACGAUCACAAUAUUCCUUAAAAGGCGACAUCGUAAACGUGCUCAUUUCCUUCUCAUUAGUUUGGCGGUGGCAGAUCUCUUGGUAGGAUUGCUGACAAUUCCCCUUUACAUUUCACUCCAGUACGUAUAUGACAACUUUGAAGACGACCUAAUCAUUGUUGCUGUCACUGAUUUCAUGGACAUGUUCACUGGCUUUACGUCCAUCUUUACUCUUGCCACAAUAUCAUUGGAGCGAAUGUAUGCUGUUGGUUGGCCUUUUCGUCACCGAAUUCAGGGUUCGCGAUUCUAUAUCUUCGUCAUAUCAGUUCCAUGGAUCUUAUCGUUGGUUGCUGCAUCAACAGAGAUUGUUUUGCAGUACGUGCUGGUGAGAUCACUAACUUUUACCUUCAUUCUCAUUGUUAGCAUGUUUACACCAAUCAUAAUCACUUGCACGGCUUACUUUUUUCUGUGGAAGAAAGACAAAUCACGCGCAAGUGUCUCCCAACAAAAUCAUCAGCUGCAAGACCGAAAGUUAGCCAAGACUGUGGCGUUAAUAACAGGUGCUUUCCUUUUGACAUGGCUUCCUCUUCAAAUUUUACUUGUGGCUAUCAAUUUCUGCAUUUCAUGUCGGCAACCAUCAACCGUGGUGAGGCAUUUCAUGAAACUACUCCAGUAUGGAAACUCAGCAGUCAAUGUCGUUAUGUAUGCUGUGAGAGACAAAGAUUACAGAAGAACUUUUGGUGCGAUGAUUUCUUCCUUGAACUGCCCUCGCCAAAGUUAUCGUGAAGUACCCACGGUCGUCACGUUGACGACAUUUGCUGAUUUUAAUGCAAAUACGCCCGAAAGCUUUCAGCAAACU